CUCCCUCAGUGGCUUUCGCGUUGUUGCUGCUGCCGGCGUCUAGAGUUGGGCCUGGGGCCGCGUUGCGGCCUUCCUUGCUCCCCGCUGCUUCUCUGGCCUCGCCGCGCCUCAGUCGGCCCCGCUGCUCGCUUGGUCAUCCGGCUCCUUUCCCUCAGGCCCAUCGCUACCCUCCGAGCCCAGCCCAGGCUCCCCUGCCUCGGCUGAACCCGCUGCUUCCCUCAUCCCCGCCGCUGCCCGGGGCUCCCUCGCCUCAGCCAUGUCGCUGCACGGGAAGCGGAAGGAGAUCUACAAAUAUGAAGCGCCUUGGACCGUGUACGCCAUGAACUGGAGCGUCCGGCCGGACAAACGGUUCCGGCUGGCGCUGGGAAGCUUCGUGGAAGAGUAUAACAACAAGGUACAGCUUGUUGGUUUGGAUGAAGAGAGCUCAGAAUUCAUUUGCAGGAACACUUUUGAUCACCCUUACCCUACCACAAAGCUUAUGUGGAUCCCAGACACCAAGGGAGUGUAUCCAGACCUGCUGGCAACCAGUGGUGACUAUCUACGAGUGUGGAGAGUGGGUGAAACGGAUACUCGACUGGAGUGUUUGCUGAACAACAACAAGAACUCUGAUUUCUGUGCUCCCCUAACAUCAUUUGACUGGAACGAAGUGGAUCCUUACCUUCUAGGUACCUCUAGUAUUGACACAACUUGCACUAUUUGGGGUCUGGAGACAGGACAGGUUCUGGGAAGAGUAAAUCUGGUCUCUGGCCAUGUGAAGACUCAACUUAUUGCUCAUGACAAGGAGGUUUAUGACAUAGCAUUUAGCCGUGCAGGUGGUGGGAGAGAUAUGUUUGCUUCAGUCGGUGCAGAUGGCUCAGUGAGGAUGUUUGAUCUGCGUCAUCUGGAACACAGCACCAUCAUUUAUGAGGAUCCACAGCACCAUCCACUGCUGCGUCUCUGCUGGAAUAAACAGGAUCCCAACUAUCUUGCUACAAUGGCCAUGGAUGGGAUGGAGGUUGUGAUUCUAGAUGUCAGAGUUCCCUGCACUCCUGUUGCCAGGUUAAACAACCACAGAGCAUGUGUGAAUGGAAUUGCUUGGGCACCUCAUUCUUCCUGCCACAUUUGUACAGCAGCGGAUGACCAUCAGGCUCUCAUCUGGGAUAUCCAGCAAAUGCCUCGUGCCAUUGAGGACCCUAUCUUGGCCUAUACAGCAGAAGGAGAAAUCAACAAUGUACAGUGGGCAUCAACUCAGCCAGACUGGAUAGCUAUCUGCUACAACAACUGCCUGGAGAUUUUGAGAGUGUAACAUGACUGCUUCGUGCCACAUUGAGGCAGGGCUGUAUCAUUUCCCCUUCUCUCUACAGUUAAAAACGACACAAGUCAAGUGGCCAGUAUCUUGUUGCUUUGCAUCAACUGUUACAAGAAUCAAUGGCAGGUGUCUCCUGUCUCUCCAAGACUCUUAAAAUACAGAGACAUGCUGAGCCUCUUGGACCUUCUGGGUUCUGGUUUUCUUUUUUUAUUAUGAUGGGGUUUUGUUUUUUCCUUCAGUUAAAAGUUCUUUAUAUUUGUUUGUUGAUUGUAUGAAUAAGCUUUGCAGGCUUUUAAGUUGCUGCAUAUGUCCAUGUGUUUUGUCGGCCAGCUGAGGCAGCACAUCAACUAGUUUUAAUAGAUAAAGGUGCAAAACAAGGUGGGGGAGAAAAAGACAUUGAUAUUUAUCAGCCAUCUUGGCAGGAAUCAUUUUAUCAUUCCUGUUGUUGCUGCCUCUCAACUGUUUAAACAUUUAUAUGGUUUUUAUAUAUUGGGCUAACUUUCUAUUGAGUAAGGUGGGGUUUUUUUUCUCCCUGAUUCUUACUUUUGAUAUAUGAUCUACUUCCAUAUGCCCAAAGCAGGAUCUAUUCCUUGUUCCAAAUCACAGUAACACUGCAGACUCCCUGGCAGUAAAGGCCUGCCACAAUUAACUGUUGCCUUUGCUCUUUAGAUCUGAUUUAGCUGGGCAGAAUUUUCUGGUGCUGUGAAGUACAAGUACUUGUUGCACAAUUUCUUUUACCUUUCUUUUCUCAUGCUAGAGGUAGUUUGUUACUAUGGUAGGCCUUAUUUUUAAAUGAUAACUGAAUUAGCGUGUAUAUCCUGCAGUUGUGAUAGCUAAAAGAAAGGUAAUAGGUUUCAGAAUGAUGAUACAUUUAUGACUUAAGCUCCCAGGAGGUAAACAACUCCUGAAAGAAAUGUGAUUUGGAAUGGACUUUUCCCCUCAGAAGACUUAACUAUCUAAACCAAAAUCAAAUGGUUUCACACUUUGUAGCUUGCUUGAUUGGCAAAUGAUACAAGCAAGGGGGUUUUGUCGUUAGCCUGCAUCUUGGAGCUUCUUUGUGUUUGGUCUGUGUUCCUGGGAGUUCUUGAAAGGAGUGCAAAGCAAUCUUUGCUUUAUUCCCAAAAUGUAUUUGCUUUGUGCUAUCAGGUCUUGUUGAAUGAGCCAGAUGAGUUGGAAAAGCUGGUAUGCUAUCCAAAUGAAAGCUAUUUCUCUGAAAGAAAUGAUUCCCUAACAUAAAUGCACAAGGAUGGGUUUAAAAGGAAGGAAACCAGUGCUGUAGAGGCUAAAGCUUGGCACUUCUCCUCCUACCUUUUUGGGGAUGUGCCUAAGGGCUUCUGUUUCUCUUCUGAAUAGUGGCUCUGCUCUCCAGUAAUAGUCUUCAAUCAAAGUUUGAGUGGAUUAGGCAAGAGAAAAAUCUUCCUUGAUAACACAGCUACUGGGAUGAAUGCUCAGCAGUGAUCUCUUGAUGAAGACAUGACAACAAUAGCUGGGCUGUUAAGGGUACACCAGCCGAGUUUUGAUGUACUUGUCAGAAGCUAUCAAUUGUCUUUCUUGCCUAAUGAGUAUUCACCUGCAACUGGAGGCAACAGCAUAAAUAGUUGGAUGCUGGCAAACAUGAAUCUUGUCAGUUGAUGCAGGAAAGGCAAGUUGGGAAAAGCAAUUGCUGUGAAACAGUGAAGCUGACAUUGAAAGUGCUGUCAAAUACAGAGCAGAGCCUGAGAAGUUCUGUCAUUCUGGACAUACAGAAAUACUCUUUUACAGGCUGCUUUUCAACAUGGAGCUCAGAAAAGCACUGCCUUGUGAAUUUGAUAGGAAUUCAUUAGAGACAGCUUUAUUCCAUUACCCCUUUUUCUAUCAGAGAAGCCAAAGGCUCUUAAUGCAGCUCAAGCUCAUGUUUCGUCAAUGCUAUUUGGUAUUCAGUUGUUGGAUUCUUUGACAAAAGGCUUGAUUUGAUUUAAAGGUCAAUUUUUUCUUAUUAGCAGCAGUUCUGAGUAGUGUGUUCUGCAGACAGAUUUGAUCUAGAUGUCAAAACAGCGUUAGCCAAGCAAUUGGAUUAUAACUGGAAAACACUGAGGCAGAAUUCAGUACAAACCAAGGGUUUUCUUAGCAGAAGCAGCAUACAAUGGCAUUCACAGCUUUAGCUAUGACAGUAAGCUAUGUGCUUGUUUAAUUACAAACAGUAGGCAUAGUGUGUCACUGAGAGAACUACCUGUAAUAUUAGGACUUUCUAUAAUUCCCUUUAUGAUCUAAAGUCUCUUUCUUUGUAUAGAUGGUAUAAGAGGAAUGCAUCUGUUGCUCAGCUCAAAAAUGCAUCUUUUGCAACUGUAGAAUUGCGCUUUUAGAAGGGAUUUAAUUGAUAAGUGAAGUCACUGAAAGACGAAUGCUGUUUGUUCCUAGAGGAAUACAAUCUCUUCCACUGAGGUGAUUAGAAGAGAGUGUGUGUAAAGGGACUAGUAAUCCAAAUAGCCAAGUAGCUUUUGCUACUGUUGGAAAACAGGUUAUGAACCUGAAGAGAGUCCAGUGUCAGUCCUUCCAUCCAUAAAACUUGUGGAAUUGAGUGCUCAUUCCAAACUUAUCAAAGGCAAGUGAAGGAAUCUUGUAGGCUCCAGUAGAUUCUAAACAAAGCCUAUAUCCUGUUUUAGCCAGUUGAGUAUCCUCUAGAUCUACAGUGUAUUGCUUUGGGCAUAAUCCAUUGUCAUUCUUCAUAUGAAAUUGCAUUUGAAAUCACUAGAGGCUGGUUUGGACCAGGGAAAUGUUCCUUAAAAUAGCCUCUUUUCAAAGAAGUCACUCGAAAGCUUAAUGACUGAAAAGACCUGAAAAUCCUCAUGGGUGAGAUGUUCAGUAAUGCAAACGGCACUUCCAUUUAGAGAAGGAAGUGAAAGACUUUGCCCUUUUUGCCAGCACCUCCUGACACAGUGCCAGGGAGCAAACUGUCUGCUUGCUGCUUCAGAUUUGUUUGCAAGAUCAAAUAAAACCCUGGGGCUUGUCAGUGUAGUCUGUGAAUCGGAAGAUAACGGUUUUAUAUCAUUUCACCCACUUUAACAUUCAAUUCUGUGGAUGUAAAAGAAACCCCAUAAGCAUUAUUUUUUUUUUUCUAAAGCUUAUGAAAAGAAAUACUUCGAUUUCAAAGGUUAACAAAGCAGAAAAUCACCUGCUGUUGUGGAUAUGGGAAAAGAUUAAUCCUGGGAUAGAAAUCACUGGCUGAAAUAGUCCUGUGUCACUUCUCCAGUCCAUUUCUUCAAGAUACUAAGCUGUUCUUUGGUUGUUAUGUUGUUUAAAUGAAGCUUUCCACAGAUUCCCACUCUUUUGUGGACAACCUGUUGCUAAUGUAUUGGCUCUCAACCAGGAGAUCUUGAUCCUGUAAAACUCCUUAGUGAGGUGAAAACCUCCAGAAGAAGGAGUUGGCUCUCCAGUUAGUGUGUAGUAUGCCAGCUCUGUUAAUUUUCUAAGUGAAUUGAGCUAUGGUAGUUUGCAUCUAGGGGAGUUGUAUCAUAGAAUCAUAGAAUGGUAGGGGUUGGAAAGGACCUUUAGAGAUCAUCUAGUCCAACCCCCCUGCAGAAGCAGGUUCACCUAGUGUGCAGGGAUUUCAAAAGGCAAGGAUUUGAGUGCUUUGACAAUCUAUUUAGAAAGAAAACACAGUGGUUUCAAAGACUGAUAUGAAAGGAGACUGAUAAUACAGGUUGUUCCUUAUGGAACUUUGAAAUGUACUUAAGGGGGGGAAAAGUAUUGCCUGUCAUAAGUCAAAGUUAAUGAUCCUUUCAAAACUUAGCUGUAAUUACUCUCCUGAAUGUUCUGGAUAAUAGUAAAAAGAUCUAUUUUUGCCUGGUGUUGCAAUGAGAAAGCUGCAUCAGGCUCAACUGUAGAUCACUGCCUGCCAGGGGCUAGGUGAGGGGAGGAGUCCAAAUACUGGAAUUCACAGAUGCUCUUGUGCUUGUUUUUAAAUGUAAAUGAAGAAAGCUGAGUGUGGUCUGAUUUUGUUCUCUUGCAGAUGACACUUUAACAAGUAUAUUUUUGGUAAGAUUAGGAGAGUCAUCUUUUCCUCAGCCCUUUUAUGGUAGGCAUUUGUCUUGUGUUUUUGUAUAAAAUGUUAAAUACAACAGUCACCAAAAACCUAAACUGACUGUGGUUGGCAGUAUGGAGUGAAUCUGUUUCUCCUGAACACCACAAAUGUGUGAGCAUUUGACAAUACUGUUAACCUGGAGCUCUGCAUUCUGAGACUGACAGAAUUUUUCAGGCCAACCCAAGUUACAUAUCCUUUUGCUUAGGAACUUGACUGUGUUUGGGAAUCCUCUUUUCUACUGUUUGAAUACAAUGACAGUAAUGGCAAGGUGGUUGUGUAAAGAUGUAGCUGGAUUCUUUUGGAUAACUUCUUGUUGUGAUAGAAACAAAAGUGCAUCUGCUGUCCCUAAAUUCACACAACUCUUGAACAUGUCAAUUCCUGCUAUUAGUGGCAUUUGAACUCUUUCAGGACACACUGAAAAGGAUGAAGCACAGCGAGGGUAAGCUCUUGCCUCAAUAGAUUGCAAAGUUACAGUUCCAGCAAAGUACUGAAGGGUUUAGUCUAACCUGCUGCUAGGUAGUAAAAUGGUCCUAUCAACUCAGAUCCACCUUGUCAGUUAAUGCAAGUUCUCUCUCGCACAGACAAGGUGCUUCUGUCAGACUUCUGGAGCAGGCCUGUAUUUAUUGUAGUGGACAUCAAAAAAGUGUCCAAAAUCAGUUCUGGAGUGAACAAGGUACAGUCAACUGCAUCCCUGUUUCUCUUAAUCUUUGCAGAGAAUCUGGGGAAUGAAUUGUAUGUGGCACUUAAAGAGCACCUUUCUAAUUAAAGAUGUAGCUGUAUUUCCCCGUUUACCUGAGAAGGGUCAGAAGUGUCUCAUUCUCAAGGAUAUUGAGAGGAGUUUAACAUGCCUCUGACUCUUUUAAGGAAGACAUCUCCAGAACUUCUGAUCAGCACCUUUCACCAGCACUAAGAAACAGUAAUUACAAAGGCAACUAAACACCAGUCACUGAAUGAUCAUCUAGUGAUUCAGGGCAGACUCCAGAGGUAAAGACACUUGGGAGACUUGCUUGCUACUGCCUGAUUUCAGAUGAUAACUUUUUGCCUGCCAAGUAUCUCAGUGGCCUUUUGUGCAGCCUCUGAUACUCAGCAUCAAGCUACAAUUUCCAAAUAACUCUUGACAAUUACUUGUGGCUUCCACCAAGUUAAUUUCUUUUCAGAAAAAUCUAACAAAAAUGAAGAAAAUAAGCUUCUUUCCUGACAAAAUACUGUGGUCAUGAAUAACUCAAAGCCCUUGUUCCAGCCCUCACCCCUUGGCGUUUGCUUUCCUGUAACUCCUCUGUCCAGAUGAGGAUGGAUCUAUGGAGUCUGAACAAAGGCAGAAAUGCAAGAGCCAGUGAAUGACAAAGAGUCCUAGUACAGCUGAUGUGUUGCUUGUUUUCUUUACAAAACUGGUAAAUAUGAAAUCUAUUUAAAGGGAACCUUUUUUUGGUUUAAAACUUGGGUUGCUAGAAGUGGUAAAAUGUGACUUAAAUCUCUCAUCUGCGCUGAAGCAUUUUUGUUACCCGAUAGCCAAGUAGAUGUUUACUUUUUAAUGUGUGUUGUUUUGGGGUUUUUUUCCCCCUUUCUGCUCUUUCCUCCCACUCACUUUGUGGUUAUUUCCUGAAGAUGUAAUCUUUGUAGCAUGAUUGUACAGACCAUCCAUAUGAGAUUCCUGACUAUUUGUUCUCACUAAAAUAUGUUAACGCAAUAGUAGUUUGACUUCUGUCCUGAGAUUUGCAGCUUUGCUGCUGUGCUGUCCUAGAGGAAUCCCUCCUAUCCUGCUAUCCAACAGACUUAUGUUGUUGACAUGCAGUGUCCCUAUAUCACUUUAUUUUUUAUGAAGAAAAAGAAAUACAGAAGGUUUUUGUUACAAUGGGUUUGAACACAUUGAGUCCUGGAACCAUAUUGUUGAAACCUGUAAAUUUCAAGGCAAGUUUUUCUGAAAUGGCUUUCAAGUGGAAUUGUUGCAUCUUUUUUCCUGCUAUUUCCUGCUUCCCUAUGUAGUUUUAAUUCCAUUUUUUAAACCUUCUUUCUAAGUUUCAGCCUCCUGUGUAUUAGGUACAGUAUUUUCUGCCUUUCAUACUUUGUAAU